AUGUCCUGGUGCCGCGAUGUGGACUUGGCUGCUGUCAAGUCCGCAAGGCUCCGCCUCUACGACCCGUGGCGUGGUUUGCCCGGACGUCCACUCGAGGGCAUCAGACCGCUUGGCGACUGUCUGCGAGGCUUCAACUCAACUGCGACUCUGGUUAUGGAGCUGCCCGAUACCUCGGGCUGCUUUGAGCAGUGGCAGGAGGAUCGCACGGAGACUUUCCUCGUACUCUGGGACAAGCAGCUGGGAGCGCCCAGCCUUGGGUCAGCUAGCGUGGUGGCGUUGAGGCUCCCUCCAGCUGCGGAG